AUGGGUAACAACUUGUGUAAACAAUAUCCAGGUAGCGUUUUCAUAAAAAUUUUAUUUAUUUUUAAAAAAUUCGGGGAUUUCCGGCAAUUUUGGUAAAACAAUGUUGUUUUAGAGCCAGAACGUCAGUAUCUCAUGGAUCGUAGUCGUUGCACUCGUCCGCGUUUAUCAGGCAAAGCACUGGGCAAGGUGUUAAAGUCAUUGAACAUUAAUCAGAUCAAGACUGUUGCUGUAAUUUGCUUUAUAUCCUUUGUUUUUCUUGUUUUAGGCAUGAACAAGCUUUAGAAAGGCGUUACGAAGUUGAAAUGUUGUGUAACAUCUUUAAAAAUUUGUUUUUGGACAUAUUUUAUCAUGAUUUAGUUUUAUUUUAAGAAUUUUCUUGCAAGAACGUGUAAUAAACUUUCUUUUUUAACUGAUAUUGUUGUAGAUGAUCAACAACUACUACUUCUCAGCAGUUCGGUUCCACUUCAACAACAGUCGUGUGCUCAACAUCGAUAUGAACAAGCAUAAGAUCUGUUUGAGCAAGAAACUCUGUAAUUGUUCCAAAAGCAUGUGUGGCCACAGAAUUAUCAGGAAGAUUCAGACCUGGGUUCAGAUGAUCAAUGUUGGAUUGAUUCAUCCGUCUAAGGUUUAUAUCCACGGAAAGAAGAAAAACUACCCAAAGCAUCAGUAUGAAGGUAUCAGCAAGAUAUUGGAUUGUUUGAAUGGUAGUUCUUUUAUUUUUUUGAAAAAUUGAGGAUUUCUGGUUUAACUUAUAUUGUUGUAGGUGAAAAGGCGUGUUUUAAAGGUUGUUUUUAGUGAAAUAAGGGCUGUUUUUGUAAAAACGACAUUAAAAUACGAUUUAUUAUGACUUUGACUUGAUGUUUCCUAAUUUUGGGCAUUAGUAACUGAUAAAUAAUGGCAGUUUUAUAUUGUUUUCGGUGAAAAACAUGGUUUUUUUUUAGAUAUUUUAUCAAAAAAUCAGUAGUUUUUCAUAAAAAAUAUUAAAACCAAUAUUUUUUCUUGCUUUUAGAUUAAUUUUUCUUUCAUUUUAGGUAUUACCGAGAUCUAUAUUGACCUUCAAGACUCAGCAACCGAAGGAUUUGUCCAAAGCAUUCAGAAUCUUGUGGUCAGAUGCAAUGAUCCAUUCGAACCGAUCAAAAUUUUCUUCAAGGACGGUGACAUUGAAUCCUGUGCCAUCAACGUUCCACCGUUCUUCCCGACUUAUACUAAUCUUCUCCGCUUCGACCAGUCGGUUUUCCCCGAUCUGAAAGAUAAACAAAAUCUGGACAAGUUCUUAAUGGGCAAUGAUCUACAUCAAUAUGAAAGUUCUCGAAAAGGAAAGGUUGUAUGGGUAACGGCGACGCAAGAUUGUGUUGUGAAAUGCUAUGGCAAUAUUAUUAAUGGGUAUUUCAGGUUGAACCCGAUUCAAUCUUGGGACAGGUAA